AUGGGUCGUCUCCAAGGCAAGAAUGCUAUCAUUACCGGUGCCGCAGGUGGCAUUGGUCUUGAAACCACCAUUCUCUUCGCUCGCGAAGGCGCCAAUGUCUUGAUGGCCGAUAUCUCCGAGCCUGCACUGGCCAAGGCCAUUGCUAAGGUCAAGGAAGUUGUGCCUAAUGCUCCCCGUCUGGAGACUAUCCGCUGCGACGUGUCGAAGGAGGCCGACGUGCAGGCUAUGGUUGAGGCUCAGGAUAGCUGGGGCGGUGUGGAUGUGAUUUUCAACAACGCGGGCAUCAUGCAUGCCGAUGACGCUGAUGCUGUCGAUACCAACGAGAAGAUCUGGGAUUUGACACAAAGUAUCAACGUGAAGGGUGUCUGGUUUGGUUGCAAGCACGCUGUGUUGAGCUUGCGCCGCAACAAGAAGACUUGUGGCUCCGUGAUCAACACUGCCAGCUUUGUUGCUCUGAUGGGCGCUGCUACGCCUCAGUUGGCUUACACUGCCUCCAAGGGUGCUGUCCUUGCCAUGACAAGAGAGUUGGCGGUUGUGCAUGCCCGUGAGGGAUUCCGCUUCAAUUCGCUCUGCCCUGGUCCUCUUAACACUCCUCUCCUCCAGGACUGGCUGGGUGAUGACCAAGCCAAGCGAUUCCGUCGCGAGGUGCACUUCCCUAGUGGCCGCUUCGGUGAGGCCGUUGAGCAGGCCCAGGCCGUCCUCUUCCUGGCAAGCGACGAGAGCAGCUUUGUGAACGGGACCGACUUUGUUGUUGACGGUGGAUUGACCAAGGCGUACGUGACCCCGGAGGGCCCUGCGGCUGCCGCGCCCAAGAACCUUGCCCAGUAA